AUGGACGAAAAGCCGUCUGACGCCGAUAAAGACCUCCUGCAACGGUUAAAUGCUCUGAAGCCUUCCACUAUCCAACUCGAGCCUAACAACAGGUUAUCUUGGGAUUUGGGCGGUCCAAGUGAUGAUGACGAUGAUGAUGAUGACCGUUGUGAGGACGAUAAGCCUGACGCCGACGAAGUCGACCUCUUGUCUGCGAGAUUCAAGAAUCUUGGAGGCAUAGUGUCUCAUGCAGUUCCAGGCCAGCCGGAGGAGGACGUCGAAGACCUUCUCGCGGAUCUAAGAUCAAGGGAGACAUGGAAACUAGAACAUGAACUUCAAGCUGAAAAUGAAAUCAAAAGCCUGGUUGAUGAGGCUAAAAAAUUUCUCUUGAGGGGUGGCGAUGAAGCGAUAGCCAGACGACUGGAGAGUCCUAGCCGGUGCUCCAACCACAUUUCUGAAGAGAAGGAGGCCGAAGACUACAUUCAAAAUGUUCUUGAUGAGCUACGAACUCCGGACUUUGCUCCAGAUGAUCAUCCGAAGGAAAGCCCAGGGGCGGACCCACUGGCUGAAAGCCGAGCAAGAACUGAUAAUGAAGAGAAAAAUGGACGAGAACUAAGCGACACUCUUGAUCUUCCCUGUGUGCCUAUAUCAAAUCCAACAACAUAUUCCCCAAAGGCACUGGGAAACCGAAGGAACAUCUUUACUGAACCGGACGAGUCAGAGCCAACCUGGUGUUGCAUUUGCAGUGAUGACGCGAAAUUAAAAUGCCUUGACUGUUACGACUUGCCGCUUUUUUGCCCUAGGUGCUGGAAGGAAAUGCACCUUGUCGAAGGGAAUGCAGAUGAGAGGGGCCAUCGGGCAGUUGAGUUUAGGAGAACGGCUAUGGAAGCAUGAAGAGGCGGUAAAAAGGAACUCUUUAUAUUAUAUUCCGGGAUUGUACUAAUUAGCGCUCAAUUAUCCCAAGUCAGAGUCCGUCAUAAGAGCCAUUACGGUCCCCGUGAACCGUAUAUGUCGACAUGCAUAACCUCAUGCUCAUCCCUCCCGUAGUGAAGCAGGCUGCAAUUUCCCACCCUUC